UUUUAAGGGUCUCGUGACGUCAUUGCUCACACCUCCUUCGCGUGCCACCUUGAUCUCGUUAGAUUCCAUUCAACUCAGCACCGCUCAUUCGGGCAAACAGACUUGUUUUGUUAUCCAACUUCGCACCCUAUCUUAUUUUGGGUGAAUACAGUUAGCUACAUACCAUCACCUAUAAUGACUACCAACGGUAAUGACAGGACAACUCAAUGGAAAACAACAAUUAUAGUCAGCACAUCACUUCAGAAUCAUGACACAUCCAGGAUGCUUCUUGCACAGCACCAUCGGAUCCGAUUCUCAGACGCUGUCAAGUCGGGAUCCAUUGUUUUCCCGCAGUCAGGUAUUGCAUUCCUCAUAAUAAACCCACAAGAACUACCAGAGAACCUUGAGGAAGCAGGACUGUUUGACAAGAUCAAGAAGUUUGUGACGGUUCACCGCAAUAGUUUCCUUCUCCUGCAAGCCCCUUUUUAUGGGAAGAAGGAACUGAACAUCAUGUCAGUGAUACAGCACAGAUUCCUUGGCAGCAAUCUCAGAGUUCUACCUGUACGUAACAACACAGAGAUAGUCAAGGGGAUGCUGACUAUAGCCAAAGCCACCAGUAAGCCCCAUGUUGACAGCGUGCGGGAUCGGAUGUCUCUGGCCAGGGCCCACAUUAUAGAGAGCAGCUCUGUCUGGGAGAUGCUCAGGGACAUUAAGCUGGGGUGAGCAGCUGGUGCAGAGUGGGGAUGCCAGGUCCCCUCAAACCUACCUGUUCAUGAUAGGUUAGUGACUCUAAUGAUUGAUUUAUGCUAGGUCUGGCAUCCGCUUUGUUUACGGUCACAAGCACAGAAUGGCUUUAACCCAACUGGCAUGUGUUUAGUGUGCUUGAUAUACUGAAUGCAUCCAAUCCUGUAUCCAGCAGAAUACUAUUACUCUAUAGAUUCAGUAGAAAGUCAAUAGAAAAUCCAGCAUUGCAAAUAAGUGAAAUGAGGCUUAAAGAAAGAAAAAGAAAAAUGUAGAUUGUGUAUUUAUUAUUUAUUAUUAGCCUGAAACAAUCAUUUUUAAAAGCAUAAGACUGAGCCAUCUCUGUUGUUAGACAGCAGUCCCAGUUCUCACUUUCUCCUCUGAUAUCUCCUCAAUAUGGAUCACUAGACUCUCCAUCAGGUCAAAGGUCACCAGAGCACACUGCAGUACCUGUGAAGUCCAAAUAACUCAGUGCCAAUUCAAAUUAUUAAAUUCAAUGUGACAAGCAAGCAAAAACAGCAGGGGUAACGUGGCUGUAGUUACCUGAUACUGCAUCUCUGGGGUCAUAUCUGAUACCAUCUUGUUCUUCACAGUCAUAGUCUGAACUAAUGCACCUCUAGCCUCUCUGGCUUCUGUUAGUGGAUGAGAGUCACAAUAAUACAUUGAUUUGUGUACACAGUAUAUCACAUGUUGUACAUUGU